GGAUGGAUGGACGGACGACUGGAUGGAUGGACAGAUAGGAGGAUCGAAGGACGGAGGGAUGGAAGGACAGACGGACGGCUGGAUGGAAGGACGACCGGAUGGGAGGAUCGAAGGAUGGACGGACAGAUGGAUGGAAGGACAGACGGAACUUUUUCACGUGGGAUUUCAUUUUUCUGUUUCCUGUUGGUUUUACAUCUUCUGCAGCACAUAUGUCAAAGUCAAGGCUCGCGGGCCGAAUCCGGCCAAUGAAGCCGCUGCAGCACGAGUGGCUUCAUUUCAUCAGCAAUCAGAGUGGAGAUCAACUUUCAGGUCCCCCUCCUCAGAAAUGGUCAAACGUGCUUAUGCUACAACUCCAGUUCAAGGACAGAUCAGUGUUCCUCCUGUGAUUGGUGGCUUCCUGUCCAGCAGGAAAUUGUGAACAGAGGUUAGAAGCUGCUGCAGGACUGCAGAUAUUCACAGGAAGCUGGACCAGCAAUGGCUCUGCUGAAGGUUCUGCUGCUGCUCGGGCUGGGUGCUUCAAUGAACUCACAUGUUUCUCUACAGAAGAGAAUCAUUGGAGGUCAUGACUGUGAUGACAAAGAGCAUCUUUAUCAUGUUCGGCUGGAGGGCGACAAUGGUACUCAUACGAGUGUGUGUGGAGGAUCUCUGAUCCACCCUGAGUGGAUCCUGACUGCAGCUCACUGCUGGAAGUCAGACCAAGGGUGGACUAACAUAGUAAAGUUAGGAGUUCAUCCACGGACUGCUCAACAGGUGAAACAGAUAAUCCGAAACAAUCCUGUGAUUUAUGUUGACCAACGACAUCUGGAGCCUGACAUCAUGUUGCUGAAGCUUCAGAGACCAGUAAGAAAUAUCCAUCCUGCUCGGCUACCAAGAUGCAACAAUCGUCUUAAAAUUGGUGCUACAGUUCAGCUGGCAGGAGAGGGAGGAAUGACAACCGGCCCCAGUAAUCGGCGAUUACUCAGUGCUUCUGUUCCACCACAUCUUCAGUGUGUCGACAUGAAAGUUAUUGCUCUUUACUUCAUGCCGCCACAUGGGCAUGUGUUCUUCAUUGAAGCACCGAACAAAGAUUCAUGUCUUGUAAGUUUGUCUCUUCAGGUGACUGGUGGUGGAGUGAUCUACACAACGAAAAUUUAUGGUGUGAUUUCUGAAAUUGGAGAAGACCAUGCAUGUCGGACACCAGCUUUAAUCGUGGAUGUUUGUGAAUACAUGUUGUGGAUAAGGAAAACAAUUAGGGUUAAUACACAACCAUGAACUGAGACUAGGAGCUCAUAUAGACAUUAUCUCCCAGUAACAGAUAUUUGGACAACUACUAGAGAUAUAAAACGUAAUCUGAAAUUAUUUAUAAUUAAUCCAGUGGCGGAGCCAAAGGGGUGGCCAGGGUGGCACUUGCCACCCCCAACAGAGCCCUUGCCACCCCUACUGCCACCCCACUGGAAAUGGUCAUUUUAAAAUAUAAUACUUAUGAGAUCGGCAAAGAUUUGCCAGGAAAACUGUAAUUUCCGACUAUCCCUGAAGGCAGCCCGAUGCCCGACGCUGUUCAUUGGUUAAACUGACGUGGGUCCUUCUUGAUCCAAAACACAUCCGUGGCUUUAGAGUUACACCGUCUAGGAGUUUUGCAGGUAUUUACAACAUGUUACCGCUCAGCGGUAACCAAUGUUACCUUCCUAACGAGAGGCGGCACUUGUCAUACAUUUCUAAAAAGAAAAAUGGUUGUGCACCGCUGCGUAGUCCCUCAUUUAUUAUAUUAGCCAUGCUAGUGCUGAUAGAUCGUGUUUUAGACUGAUUCUUUUAACAUAUGUUUUAGUGCACAUGCUGCCCUCUAAUGUUUUAUAUCUCCCAGCUCUUGCUUGAAAUGUGUGGUAAGAAUAUGUGAAAAACCAUUAAGUUUAAUAAUGACUGAAAUGUAAGUAGGCUAUGUCAUAUGAAAGCUUUGAAUUAUAACCUCACUAGUUUUAUUAAUUAAUUUUGAACGAAAGGAAACACAUAUUUUUUCCUUUCGUUCAUUUGUAUAUGGACCCCUCUGAUAAAGCCUUGCUCACCCUUUGGCCACCCCUUGAAAAAAAGUCUAGCUCCGCCACUGAAUUAAUCCAUGUCUCAUUAUAAUCAGAGAGCAAAACCUGCACAUUUAAAUUCUACUUACUUCGGAGAGAAGACCACCGGGACACAAGACAAGGCGUUCCAGAAUGACUUGUUCCAGCCAACGAAUCAUUACGCCACACAGUGAUAAUUUUUUAAACCAUGUAAUCUCAUCUUUAUUGCUCAAAAAUGCACAAUACACAAUCUAUAAACAAUUUUGGGGUAUUAUAAAGAAGUACUGAAAUAUUCUGUUUUCCAACUAAAUAACAUCUUUGCCACUUAGCCAUUAACACUGUGACAAACAUUCAGAAGAUUAAUACAUUGGACUCCAAGCAAAAAUCAUAUGACCCAGCUUUCCACCAGCAUUUAAACGCACCACCUGCGCACAAAUAUGAGUCUGUCCUGAAGCUGAAAUGAGUCUCAAAAAUCCUUGUGCACUGGUAACCGGAUCUGAGUUGUAAAUGCAGUUUUGUCUGUGUGCAUCAGGCGACUCAUGCAUUCUUAACACAUGUAGAGAUGGGAGAAGGUAAUAAAUUUGUAAUUAUCAGAUUUGAGGUUGUAGUUAAAAUGUUUGUGUGUAGAAAUUUAAUGUUUGUAGAAAUUGUAAUUGUGUGUGUACUUUUAUGUUAUAUUCAUAAUUUCUUCAUACUUGUCAUUGCAUUUAACCACAUAUUUACCAGUAACUGGAGUUACACACAAAUGUUCUUUUUAUGGUUUACAAAUCAUGUUUCACAGUGUUGGAAAUAUUAGUUUAAUUAAGCUAGUUUUAAUGAUGUUUAACUUUAGCGCAUGUUGAAAUAUUGGAUGGAUCAUGACUGUUUUGAGUAGGCCUCAGUUUAGAAUCAAUACAUAACUUAAUCAGUAGAACUUUUUCCUAGACAUAAUGAUCAUGAUUUGAUUUAAAUGAGUCUAAUCAGUAGUUUGCUGUAUUAGAUCCCAUUCUUAAGAGUGUAUAUAUCAUUAUAACCAAAGAAGUAGAAAACUAAUCAGAAAAUAUUGAGUGUAACAGAUAUUUUGGUAUUGAAACUGCUCAUGUCUGCUUUAUAAGAGUUUAAAUGCUAAUCUUUAUAAUCAAAUCUGUUGUUUGAUGUACUAGGUCAGAAGAGAUGUCAGGAGAGCUCUGUGCAGUUCAGGAACCAAUUUGAGGUAGUUUGAAAGGACGAAAAACACAGAUAGCUGAUACACUUCGAGUAAAAUGUUUCCGUAUGAAAUGAAGACAUCUAUCAUUCGUGGUUCGAGAAAGUGUGCAGGGACGAUAGCUUAGACAGUGGAUACAUUCAACCUUGGGCCUUGGUAACACCUCCAUGGUCUGUGACAUACAAACAGCAACACGUCAUUAUGGGCAGACCAACACCUUAGAGAGGAAGUUGUAUGAGGAGAAAAUAAAGCUGAACUUGUGCUAUAAGAUUUGCUUCACUUGGAGUCAGCCCUAAGGUGAGCUGAGUGGAGCUGAGCGCUGCACGAUCAAUGUUAUACUCUUAUCUGUUCUAUUUGUGACUUAUAACAUCCCAGUACAUCUCAGGAUUGAUUUUAAGAUUCUUUUACUGGUUUAUAAACGUCUUAAUUGUCUUGAACCAUCAUACCUUGAAGAGCUGCUUUUACCUUAUGAACCCCUGCAGGCACUGAGUUGAUGUGGCACCGGACUAUUAACAGGUCCAAGAGUCAGAACACACACUUGUGAGGCUUCUUCCCAGUACUGUGUGUGACGGUGUGCCAGAGAACUUGAGGGAUAAUGAAAAUGUUGCUGUCUUUGAGAGCAGGCUCAAAGCCCAUCAUUUUAACUGCAUUUGCUGAAUUGAAUAAUUUCUGUUUAGUUUGUGCAUUUUUCAUGCGUAUGGUUUCUUAGUAUUGAUCUGUACAGCACUUUGAGCUGCUUUUAGUAUGAUGGGUGCUUUAUAAAUAUGAUUGAUUGAUUGAUUGAUUGAUUGAUUGAUUUCCUGCAUUA